GAGUUGCUCAGGAAGUUCAGUUGAAUUUGUGUACGACAGUAAUCGUGGUUUCUACUUAUUGACAGCUAACUAAAGGAAUUGUGGUUUCCCUGUUAGCUGUAUUGGUUUAUUUAGCAUUCAUCAACUGUGUGUAAUUCUAUAACACAAACUACAAUGCUGAUCAAAGUUAAGACGCUUACUGGCAAAGAAAUAGAAAUUGACAUUGAACCAACAGACAAGGUGGAGAGAAUAAAAGAAAGAGUUGAGGAGAAAGAGGGUAUUCCACCUCAGCAACAAAGACUCAUCUACAGUGGGAAACAGAUGAAUGAUGAGAAAACAGCAGCAGACUACAAAAUUCAGGGUGGCUCUGUGUUGCAUCUGGUGCUUGCGCUAAGAGGGGGGCAAGAGUCCCAACAUUCCAGCAACCAUCCGCAGGCCUUCUAAUCAACAGACCUGCUUCCAGCGCCCUAGACAUGUAGGCCUCCGCAGCACAUGCUGCAGUUCCCCAACCAAUCUCAUUCAAACUCCACGGGGCCUCGCAGUUGCUGGCUGUUGCUGGACGAAGAAGUCUUUCUGUUUUUGUAGCAUUUUGCAGCAUCUUCCUGUCCACACCCGUUUCCCUCUAAUUUAUCCUUUGUAGAGAAAUGUCACAUUCGGUUUAAGUUUACAAAAAAAAUGUUGCUGAGAAAUCAUUGUGAAGGUGAAGUUGAUGCGAUAGAAUUAUUUGCUGAAUAAAACACCAUAAUGACAUUUUCACUCCUUUUUGGAUGUUUAGUGUUUCAUCGUGUAACAGUAACCAAACGUAUGUCCAUAAAGUUAUAAUAAAAUACAAAGGAUGACUGAA